CGAGCGCAGAAGCUUUCCACCCUCUACAUCGGGAGCAAGACCGACAUGCGCUUGUCUGUCAAUGGUACAAAGUAUUCCGGUACUACCGCGAUGUGGUGCGUACCACUCCACGACCGUCACCAUUCUGGCGGAUGGUGUCUAGUCAAUUCCAAUAACGAACAGGAAGCUUUCCCACUAAAUUUGCUGGAAUCAUCGUUGUUUGUAAUCCAGGCAGAAUCGCCCAGAGAAAAACAUUUCCGACCGAAAAGUAAUUUUUAUGCUCCAAUCUUGGAUAUUCGUAGUUCCGGCACAUGCACAGAGGAGGUUCAGCUCAGGCUCGCCAAAAUAAAAUUUAUGUAAUGCACACCGUCUGGCAAGACUUUAUACCUUCGAAUGUGUAUAUGCCAAACUAACCCUCUUUGAAACCUUC